AUCGCUAUAGGAUAGGUAUCAAUUAUGGGGGGGAUGUUUCGAAGAAGAACCUUCUUCAGUACUGCGGAGAUUAAACGACUCUUUAAUCGUGGAUACUCGAUUAUUUCGAGAGGAUAUACAAGGUAGUCGUGGCUGGGCUGCCGAACUACAUCGAAGUGGACACCUUUCCGAGGAAGAUAAUAAAUCCAUACAGGAAGGCCUUAACAUGGUCGAGAAAGACAUUGAGAAAGAAAUAACCCAACAUGGACGCUUGAAUGACCCUGAAGAAGACAUUCAUUCAGUAGUCGAACGACGGCUGUUCAAGUAUGCUGGGGACGCAGCACUGCGCCUCCACACUGCUCGCAGUCGAAAUGACCAAUCUGCCACCGACACGCGACUGUGGAUGCUCAAAAACUUACCUAAAUUACACACUGCUCUCAAAGAAUUGAUCACGGUUCUGGUUAAUAGAGCAAGCAGUGAAAUUGGAAUUAUAACACCAGGAUACACGCAUCUCCAGCGUGCUCAACCUGUACGUUGGAGUCACUUUCUGCUAAGUCACGCUUGGUGCCUUCGCGACGAUGUGACGAGACUUGAAGAACAAAAAAAACGCUUAUCUCGUUGCCCGCUAGGCAGUGGAGCUAUUGCUGGCUGCGCUCUAUCUAUUGAUAGAAAUAGACUAGCCGUUAGUUUAGGAUUCGAGGAUCUUACACCAAACUCCAUGUUUGCUGUCAGUUCAAGAGACCAUUUAGUGGAGUUCUUUAACUGGGCGUCGCUGUGUGGUUUACAUCUCAGUCGAUUAGCAGAAGAUCUUAUUAUCUACAGUUCUCAAGAGUUUGGCAUUAUCAGGUUUUCUGAUCAAUUUUCGACUGGAUCAAGCCUAAUGCCCCAGAAACGCAAUCCUGAUGGAUUGGAACUCAUCAGAGGCGCUGCAGGUCUCUUACUGGGGGAUGCAGUUGGAUUCAGUUGCUUAGUAAAAGGACUUCCGAGCACUUACAAUAAAGACUUACAGUCUGAUAAAGAGCUUUUGUUCAGGUCUUAUGACCGUUUGCUGGAUUGCUUAAAAGUCGCUGCAGGAACAAUUUCAACUAUGGAUGUGAACAGUGAGAAAGCUUUAAGUGCUCUGGACCCUGGUAUGCUAGCGACUGACCUGGCCCAUGCUCUGGUUCGUCGUGGCGUCCCCUUUCGACGAGCUCACCACUUGGUUGGGUCAGCUCUGAAACGAGCAUCUAUCCUCAGCGUCGACCUCCGAAACUUACCGUACCAAGAAUAUCAUACCAUUUGCCCAGAGUUCGGGACGGAGGAAGAACUUGCCAGCAUUUUCUCAUGGGAAACAAGUGUGGAACAAUACACCAGUUUAGGUGGAACUGCACUGUCUGCUGUUAAUCAUCAAAUUGAAACAUUACGGUCAUGGCUCCAAGUACCAACAGAUUUAAGAUGCAGUAAAUAA